AUUUUUCGUAACGCGCGAACGAGUACACGUUGUCAGGUGUCAGGCCUUCCGUUCUACGCCAUUGACAAAGGAGAACCGUGCUGGAAUAUCCCAAUGAACUGUCUCGACCAACACCGGGGUCCAACACUGAACUUUCCCACUGAGCCACUACGGCUCUCUAUAUUAUUGGAUAAAGACAAUAUUGUAAGAGGGGUAGAAAACAAACAUGCAUCUACUUAUAAUAGACCGGGGUUAUUUAUUGUCAAUUAUAGUGUACGACUGUUUUGUUGGUCCUGCAAGUUCCCAGAUAUGGCUUUUCGUAAGGGAUUAAAAAAGGUUGAAUAUAUUAUUAAUUAUUCAGGACUUGAGUAUGCUGUUUGUCAGUGUGAGAUACAUUAAAAGAAAAUUAAUCAUUUUGGCUGAAUGAUAACAUGAAUGGCAAGUUGAUGCAACCGGAGUACCUUGUCCAACGUCCAGCGAUCGUGCACAAAUGUUCAAUAAAAGUAAUAUUUGAGCGAAACAUACACACAUUUUGUUGAGGCGCAUUAAAAGAAAUGAAAUGAAAUGGGGUUCUGCUCCGACUGGGCUAAUAAAGACGGACAUACGCCAUGCACUGGGCUAUCAGUCAAAUUUUGCCAGGGCAGCGGCACUAUGGCCUACUCUCAUAUCGAAAUCCAACUGCGAAGGGAUCUUUUACGCCAAUGUAUACACGGGAUCUCGGUUUUCUGUCCCAUCCAAACGACUAGACAGCUGCCCUUGUCAGGCCCUCCAUCCUGCACCAUUAACUUCCUCGGCCAAUGCAGGGAUCGAACACGCGACCUCCAGGCUAGCGAGCCAACAUCUUACCCACUUAGCCAUCGUAGCCCCGCGUAUUAAAAGGGCAGUAUUUUUUCAAAAUAUUCGAAAUUAAAAACACAAAUAUGAAUUCUAUAUCGGUGAAUUUCAAUCAAUGUUAAUGUUGAAAUCUUGACAUGAAAAUAUGGUAUCCUAAUAUAUAAACAAGACAAUGCGGAAGUAAUUAGUAAUGGCUAAUUCACAAACGACAAAAUAAUAACCCAACUUAUUGUAAACAACAAUAAAAGUGAAUGAUAAUGAUGUUACAUAGUAAAAUGUGACUUUGUUCUUCGAGGAGUCGCGAUCUGAUCCUGGAUCUCGAAUGGGGUCGCCACCCAAAAUAGGUUGGGAACCUAUGCUCUAGAGCAUCGGAUGGCGGAGAUUUAAACAAAUUGAAAUACGAUCGAACUUUAAUAAUUUUAUUUUAUUGCUACGCUAAUAAACAAUCUGCGCUACAUCUUCCAACACCCAUAACUUCACUCAGAAUAAAGUAAAUGGAAUGAAAUCUACAAUAUAUUCAUUUUUCAUUAUCUUUUUUUGAACUAUUAUAGCAAGAACGGUCAUCCCUUUAUCUAAAUCGAACAUAAUGCAUCUUUAAAGAUCAGUCAAAUGCAUUACUAUCCUAUAAAGAUUGAUUUAAAAUAUCGCACCAAAUUUGUUACCCAAUGACACGUACCGUCAAUUUGUUACCCAGUGAUAUGUACCGUCAAUUUGUUACCCAAUAACACGUUCCCUCAUGGUUGUUCUUUUGCUGUCCAUGCUGAAUCUACCUUUAGAGUUCUGGAGUAAGUUUUGAUCGUCUCGCAACAUUGUAACAAAUAAAUGGUUUCGUUCAACCAAGUAGAGCUAAUAGGGCAAUGAAACACCUGUCGUACUGUAUAAUAUAGACCAUUGUUCUCACUAAAAAGGUUUUUAAGUUGGUGUUUAUAAACUGUACGUUCACCAUGAACUGAAUAUUAUAUAUGAAAUAGAACAUCGACGCCAUAUUAGCUUCUCAACUUUAUACUCUAAAUCAAAUAUUGUUCAUUCGUUGUACGCACUGGUUGCAGAUGUACGAAUUUCAAAUUUUCCAAAAGAAUCAAUAUUUUCUAUUGACAUGUUUAUAAAUUAUAGAUUGUUUGUUGUCGAGUAUUUAAAUUUAAGGAAGAACGAGAAAGUUGUCGUAAAUACAGGAUGAUUGACAAAAGUGGUGUUCCAGACCGUGAUGGUCAGCCAAAGUCGAUGUACCUAUAUCUAGCAGCAGUAGAUUUCGUAGCUUUAGCUGGAUUGGUCGGGAAUAUAUUUCUGUUUUUCCUGAUGUUUCGUUCCGUGUUAAAACAUGUUUCGUUCUCGGUUUACCUGGUCUACUUGGCCGUUGUACAAAGCAUUGUACUCUUGCAAACAUCCAUGGAAGACACUCUCGACCACGGAUUUAAUGUCCUGGACCAAUUUAUGGAACCUAUUUGUCGACCGUGGUUGCAGCUGUCGGACACGACAAGAUUUGCGUCAACGUGGCUGGUACUUGCUUUGACUUUGGAUAGAUGUAUUGCUUUAUUUGUCACUAAAUACAAGGCUGUCUUCUGUACUAGAAAGGUCAGUCAUGGAAUAUGCAUAUUUACCAUUGCGGUUUGUUUUGCUUUAAGUCUUCCAGGCAAUGUGACUCCAAGAAUUAACCAUGGCAACAGCAGUGAUUACAAUGACGACGGUGACGAUGUUGACUCUUGUCCAAACGAUCUGUUGGUUUAUAAAUUUGUUACAGCCGGCAUUUUCCAUACUCUUGUUCCGGUUUCAAUCUGCUGUGUUUUGGAUAUCGUCAUAUUGAUUCUACUGAAGCGUGUCGUGCUCAACAUAGAUGUGGACCCCGAGGAUUCGGCAGCCGUAUUGAGUGCCAACCAGGCCGUAAAAGUUAAACGAUGUCUGGUGGCACUCUGUUGUCUGGCCGUGCUAACGCUAGUCCCAAUCGCCAUAGUCGAAUCUAUCGAGAGCUUUUCUUCCAACGAAACGGCAGUGGAGAAUGCAGGGGAAGCCUGGAGAUUUUUUAACAUUAUUUUGCUUGUCAACUACGGGCAGAAUUUCUACAUCAUUAUGGCCAUGUCCUUGUAUAUGCGAUGUCUAUUUGAGCAAAUGAUAUGCCGCGAUAAAGCUCGUUAUAAACAGCAAGAAGAACUAGUUAUGAUAUUAUCACCAAAUGACAAUGCUUUUCUUUAGAUUUUUAUUUUUAUGGGGUAUAAAUGUUACGGUUUAAAGGUAUGUUUAACAAAAUUUCAUAACAAAUGAAAUUUAAAACGCUGUUUUAAACACGGGUUAAUGUUUAGGCCAAGUGCCGAUAUUUUACUGUUUAAGGUUUAAUUCCAGCGCGAUAGCGUUUAUGUAUUUUAAUUGGUGUUGGUAAAUAUAGAAAUUCGUACAAUUGAUGAAGAAGAACUGUGUAUAUAAAUACUCUCGAGGAAUAAAGGAGACACCUCUGUUAUUAUGGUACUUAGUGUGUCUUCAUUUACCUCGUUACAAGAUGCAUUAGAAAUUGUUUUAAUUACUAAUCAUGCGUGUUUCUAAUGGAUGUGUUGAAGUUAUCGCUUCUCUUGUAACCUAUGGAACUGAUAUACAUUGUAAUAUGGUGUAAGGUUAUAUCGUUUACUGAAUAUAAUUCCUAAUAAAUGCAAACAAAUUAAACAUGGAGAGAUAGGGGGUAAGGUGGGGAGGAUGUAUAACAUAGUGCCGGCUUUUUAAAACGAAAAUCGCCUGCGCACAGAGAUCUUCAGAAGAGUGUAUGUGUGUUUGGUUGGGGAAGGGGGGGGGACAUCCUGUUAGACUGGCGACACUAAUCUUCGCACGUACGAAUCUGAGUUGAAAGAAUGCUGGGACUUAUGCUACAGUGCACGCAGAGCAGUCCCUAUACCGCCCGUCAAGAAGUAAAAUUGUAUUCGUAGGAAUCGUUAAUAAAUUUAAGCAAUAAUAAUUGGAAUAGUGGCGCCCUUUGCUUAACACCUGUUACAUUUUUCAGGUAACUAGUAUAAUAACUUUCAUAAAAAAAUACAUCGAUUUUAUCAUAAUUAAAUUGUAACAACGUAGAUUGGUCAAAUUUAUACAAAUUUAUAUCUACUUUGCCCAGUUUUAAAAAGCGAACUAUUGUUAUUGGAUUAUAUAUAAAAAAUAAAUACACUACACUUAACGAACACAAAACAAUAGCAGUAAUAUUAAUAUUGCAAUAAAAGGUAUCUAUUUUUUUCGCAACA